ACGCAUUCCGUAGAUUAUUUAAGUUUAACUAUAAUUUUUUAAUUAAUUUGAAAAAAUAAAAAGUGGAAUAAUUAUAAAUAUAUGAAUAGCAAAAUUAAUAGACUUUUUAUGUUUUUAAAAUGGCUUCCGAUCCAUUAAAAGAAAAUGAAGAUUUGAAAGAAAACCAUGAAACGCAACCUAAUACUGAAACAAUAACUGAAGAGCAGGAACAAAAAAAAACAUUAUUUCAAAGCAUAAAUCGGGAACUAAUUCCUCCAAAGUUAUUUUACUUAUUCUUUUUUGGUGCGAACGGCACAUUAAUACCUUACUUGGUUUUGUUUUUUAAACAACUGGGUUUAAGUCCUUCUCAAGUUGGCAUUGUAAGUGGCUUGAAACCUUUUAUUUCUUUCGUGUGUUCUCCACUGUGGGGAUAUCUGGCAGAUAAAUCACGGAGAACCAAGCUGAUAUAUAUCAUCUCGUUGUUAGCAUACAUUGGUGGAUAUCUAGCAUAUUCUUUUGCGCCUCAUUCGCACGUAUGUAAAAUUAAAAAAAAUACUACGUCACACACAUCGUAUAAUCAGCAUGUGCACCGUCGUAAUUUUGAUACUGAUACUCAAACAAAUUUUUAUUCUCGAGAUGCAUCAGCAAAUAAUUUAAAACAUGCUCAUCAAAAAAAGGACAACAUCACUUCAGUUGUUUUAAGAAAGAGUGAUCAUUAUGACCUGUAUCAAAGUUUUUAUCCAGUCGAAGCAGAGACAUCUUUUUUUCAAAUUCCACCUUCUUUGAAUUUUUUUAACUCUUUGGAAUCAUCCCAGGAGAUUGAAUCUGACGAUCAAUAUAUUUCAACCAACUUAGAUAAAAUUACGCCAUUAGACAAAGGGAAAACUCACGAGUUGUUAAAAGAUUCGUGGUCAGUUCAUCUCAGUAAAAUGCCAUGGACCGUUUGCGCUGCUGCCAAGGCCAGCUCUGCGGAAGAGACAAACUACCAACUUGAUAAUAUUGCUGAUUUUAACUUAAAUGGAAUAUUUCACUAUUUAUUGACAGUCACAAUAAUCGCUACUAUUUUUUCGUGUCCUUUAAUAACUAUUGUCGAUACAGCAACAAUUCGUAAGUUAAAGAAAAAAAAUGAGACUCAUAAGUAUGGAAAGCAAAGACUUUGGGGUUCGUUGGGAUGGGGUGUUAGCUCGUUCGGUGUUGGAUCUGUUAUAGCAACAAUAUCGUUAUGUCCAGGGAUUAACAAUGAAGUCAGUUAUUACCCUGCAUUUUACACGUUCACUUGUUUACAACUUAUUGCCUUAUUCAUAGGUCUGAAACUUGACUUUGAAACUGAAGAAGAAAACAAUGCUUCGCUCAACUCUGUUAGUAGAACUGAAAAAAUAUCUCAAGGAUUAAAAUUAUUAAAAAAACCUGUAUAUUUUUUCUUCAUAAUCACGACUUUCUAUGUUGGAGUAGUGAUGUCAAUUAUUAAGACAUUUUUAUUUUGGCACUUAAAAGAUAUUGGAGGAACUCAAAUGUUGUUCAGUACAAUUUCGAUAGUAAACUGCGUUGCAGAGGUUUUUGUUUAUUUUUUCUCUGCAAAAUUCAUAGAAAAAGUUGGACAUAUAAGAGUAUUAUAUAUAGCUUUAGUGUGCUAUUCUUUGAGGUUGUUUUAUUAUGGUUUGUUGCCAAAUCCAUGGUAUGUGUUGGCGGCAGAACCACUGUCAGGUAUUACAACAGCAGCAGCCUGGGCUGCUAUGACAUCAUACGUUGGUUUAAACGCAAACAAUGAGAGUGUUACUACUCUACAAGGGAUUUUGCAUGGAGUACAUUGGGGAUUGGGACAUGGUAUCGGAGAACUCAUUGGAGGGUUCAUGGUAUCGUGGGUUGGUGCUGCCAUGACUUUCAAUAUAUUUGGUGUUUUAACAAUAUUAGAACUGUUAGUAUUUGUAUUAAUAAACCAUUUAAAUUCCCCAAAGGUAGAGAAUGAUUCAGAAAGGACCGAAGUUCAUUAUGGAAUAGCAAACUCUAAUGAUAAUGAAAAAGGACAAUAGCUAGUUUGUGAAUAGAAUUUUAACUUAAUUUAGUAAAUUUUAUUAUGUAUUUAUGUAAUUUUUUAAGCUUGUGAAAUUUUCCAUAUUGUUGUUACUAAUUACUGUAAAAUAAUAUGUAAAUUAUAUUUUUUAAAUAA